AUGGUGAAAGUAAAAAAUAUUCUCCUAAUUGGGAGAACAGGCAAUGGAAAAUCAACAUUAGCAAACGUGCUAACUGGCACAAAUGAUUUCACAGAGAGUGCUGACAGCACGAGCGAGACAAGAACUAUUAAAACUAGAGAAUUUGAAAUUAGGUUAGAUGAAGCAGGUAAUGAAAAUGCAAAAUAUUGUGUGAUUGACACAGUUGGAGUAGGUGAUACACAAUUAGAUACCAAGGCAGUUUUGCUUAGACUAGGAGAAAUAGCUCAUUUUAUUGAAAGAGAUGGUCUAAAUCAAAUCUUUUUUAUAACUAGUGGCAGAUUUACUAAGGAAGAAGUAGAAGCCUAUAAACUAUUAAGUUCAAUCAUUUUCGAUCAACAAGUUUUUAAUUAUACGACAAUUGUAAGAACUAGUUUUCCUGCCUUUGAGGACGAUAAUGCUUGUAAUAGAGACCGAGAAAAACUUCGUAAUGAAGGAGGAGAAUUAAGUAGGAUAUUUAAUCAAGCAGGAACUAAGAUUAUUUAUGUUAAUAAUCCUCCUUUGCUCGGACGGGCUUCUGCUAUUGCUGUAAAUAAGGAAACACGCGAAGAAUCAGGAAAAAGAUUAAUAGCUUACUUAGGAACUAUUUCUCAUAAAAAUUACAAGCCAACUAACCUAGCAACUUUAAAUGAAAGGAUUAAUAGUUAUAUGAGUGAAAAGGAAAAAUUGGAAGAGGAAUUAAAAGAGAAAGAAAAAAUGAUGAAAGAAGCUCAAGAAACUUAUGAUAAGAAAAUAAACGAAAUUCAAGCGGAUUUGGACAAAAAGAUAAAGGAAGCCGAAACCAAAAAGGAUGAGGAAAUUCGGCGAUUAGAAAACAACCUAAAUGCGGAAAUAAAAAGGUUGGAAAGAGAGGAGCAAAAAACUUCUAGUAAGGAUGAAAAUGCCGAAAAGAUAAAAAAUUUGGAAAAUCAGUUAACUAACUUACAAAACCAAAAAAAACUUUCAGAGGAGAAAAUCGCCGAGGAAGUAGCUAAACAAAUUCAAAAAAAUACUCCACAAACUCCCCAAGCACAGAUAGUUCAACAACAACCGCCAAGAAGUAAUUUAGUAUCAGGGACAGCUGUUGGUGCGUUAGCUGGGGCAGAAGUAGGGUCAAUUGUUCCAGGAAUAGGCACUGCCAUUGGGGCUACGGUAGGAGCAGUAGUAGGAUUUAUAAGAGAUGAAAGUCAUUCUUAUAAAAGCAAUAGUGAUAGCAAUCAAGACAAAGAACUUAAAAAAGAACUAAAAGAUAAAUUACGAAAAUUAGAAGGGAAAUUGAACAAAAAAAAUGACCUUACUAAAACUGAGAAACAGAAAUUAACUAGUGAAAUAAAGGGUUUAGAACAACAACUAACUAAUUUAGAUAAUCCCUCAAAUCCUAAUGAUAAACCAGUUAAUCCGGAAGAUCCAAACAAAACCCCUCUUCAAACUCCUCCGCCUACCCCAACAAUUACUGAAGAAGAAGCCAAAAAAAAACUCCUUGAAGAAUUUUCAAAACUUUUCAAGGAAACUCCUGAGACACUAGAAAGUAAUUUAUUACAUUUUGCACACCGAGUUGAUUAUGGAGAAGAAAAAAAAUUGUCUCCUAAAGAAUUAGCCAAUAAAUUAAAAAUGGAAAUAGAAAAAAAUAAAAAAGACCUUUAUUCUUCUCUCCCCAAAACUUCUGCAGAAAUCCAGCAAGGGAUAGAAAUUUCUAAUUAUAGGAAUUCACUAAUCUUUACCGUUUUCUUUUUACCUCGUAAUGAUGCAUGGGAGAAAAGAGAGGAAAUAAAAGAAAAAGAAAUAGAUAAUUCAGACAAUGAAAAAAUAGAAAGCGAUUUAGAAGAAAUAAAAAAAAUAAUAGAAGAAGAAUACAAUAUUGAAUUAAAGAAUGAAAGUAUGAAAAAGCAAGAAUUUAUUAGUCAUUUAAAAACGCUACUUGAAUCGUGUUCAGUUAGUUUUGACUUUCCAAAAGGAAGGGGCAUAGUUGUCAAAGAAAAAAAACAUGAAGAAGAAGGAACAGAUAAUAGUUUACAAAACCAUUAUGAAAAUUUGGAAAAAGCUAAAGAAAACUAUAAAAAGGAAAAGGCUUUACGAAAGGGAAGAUUAAUCAAGGAGGAAAACUUAUGGAUUGUUGAAGAAAAAUUGGAAACUUUAGAAAAUAGUAUACAAAGAGACAAAGGAGAGAUGGUUUUUUUGGAAAAAAAGGUAAGUUCUGAGGAAGAAAAGAUGGAAGUAAUAGUCGAGACUUUAAACCAAGAAAAAGAGAGCAAAAUUAAGAGCAUACUUCUCAUAGGUAGCACAGGCAACGGUAAAUCUACUCUUGCCAAUGUGCUUUUAAAUAAAAACAACAAUUUUGAAGAAGUAUUUAAAGAAAGUGCCGACAGCGUUAGUGAAACAAGAAACAUACAAGUUGAGAAAACAGAGAUAAACCUUGAUAACGAUGGAAAUGAAAAAAUAGAACUUACAAUAAUUGACACUGUUGGCAUUGGUGACACAAAAUUAACAACUCAAGGUGUUCUUUAUCGGUUAGCUGAGGCAUCUAUUCAUAUUAAAAAAGGUUUGGCACAGGUGUUCUUUGUCACUAGUGGUCGUUUCACAGAAAAAGAGGAAGAAGCUUACAGAUUACUAAGCUCAGUUAUAUUUGAUGAUGAAAUAGUCAAUUACACCACGAUUGUGCGAACUAACUUUCCAGAAUUUGAAAGUGAAGAAGCUUGUAAGAGAGAUAGAAAAAAACUGCGAAAUGAAAACAUUACACUUGCUAAUAUUGCUAAGUCAGUAAAGAUCAUUCAUGUUGAUAAUCCACCAAUGGCUGGUCGUGCUAGUGCUAUAGCACUUGCUAAGGAAAUUAGGGAAGUAUCUCAUAAGAUUUUAAUAACCCAUUUAGGAACUCUCCAGGAUAUUUAUAAACCACGAAAUCUAAGGAAAUUAAAUGAUCGUAUUAAAAACUACAGGCAAAUAGACAGUUUAAGAGAUCAAAACCGUUCAGCUAGUUACACAAUAGAUCAACUAAGAAGACAAGCAAAUGAAAACGAUGAAGUUUCUUCAGCUUUAUCAGCUUUUUAUGGUUUGUCUGAGGUGCAAGGAACAGACUUUUCCUCUAAAAGCCUAGCAGAUGAGGAGGGAAAAGAAAGGCGACGAGCCCAAGAAGCAGAAAGCAAAGCUGAAGAAAAAGUAGAAAGAUUAGAAGCGAGAAUUGAGCAGUUAGGACCAAUAGGAAUAAUGGGAAGGGUGGUGAAGCAUGGUAAUGCAGUUCCUUCCCAUCACAAAAAUGUUUGCAGUAGUGAAGAGCUUGGUGAUGGAUGA